GUUUUGGAACACAGCCUCACAGGUGUAGACAAUGCUGCAUCACCUUUGCACUGUUCUUGUUCAGUUCAUGAGAGAGAUUUAGAGGUUGUCUAACACUGUCCAACAAUAUCGUGCUGCGCUGCUUGGAUUAGGUUCACGUGGCGGAACCGCCCCGCCGUUUGUGCCCCUGCCGAGGAACUGGAGACCUCUUCGCUGAUGGCUCAACGUCUUCAUGGUGACUUGGUUGAGCGCCCACUGCUCGAUGCCGAUGGGCGAUGCAUCGCGAGGGUUCAACGCUUGGGAUUGACUCACUUCGAUGUGACGGGCUGCUUUGAGAGCUCUGACUGGGACGUGUUCCUCUCUGCUCUGGACGACCCAGGUCUUGCUGCACCGAAAGCUGUUUACUCGGACACCCUGCAGGAGUGAAAGGGUGGUGAGGUCGGGUACGGUGUUGCUGCGCAAGCGGAGCUAUCCUUCGCGGAGCGGGGUGGGGAAGUUUCUUCCACGUCAGACCGACAUCGUGCUGGAACAGCCCGUUCGCUUCAAGACAAGUCGGCAGAAGCAAGUGAGGUUCUUGAUGUGGGGCUGGAACUCCUAGAAAAGGUGAAAGUUCCAAUGAUUGGUUUCAGAUGAUGCUCGAACUCCCAAUGUGGGUGAGAAUUGGGGAGAUGCUCGAAUUUGGAGCCAAGCACGAAUAUUUGAGAUUUGAUGUUUAAAGAAGUGGACCAAAGUAUACCAAAGUCACUCCUGUACCACUCAUACCAUUUAUCGCGAUCUCCAUUUCAUACCUCCCAGAUUCGUCCCGUUCCGGAAACCGGACAAAGAACACCCAGACCACGUGGGUCACCGCUUUCUCUACCGUGGCAGGUCUUCGAGACCGCGAUUCGCUUUGGCCUCAUCACGGAAGAAUCAGGCCAUCCUGCCUUCCAUGGCUUCGCUUUCAUGCCAGACUUGAACCACCUGCUUUGGCGCGCAGAAGGAACACGGCAGUUUCUUCAUUUGGUCUUUACCUUGUUCUGCGGUGGCGUUCAGCGACAGUGCGAAGCCUACAUGGGACCUGGAGAAGAAGAUAUCCUUGACCAACAUUUGGGUUAUUUUCAACCGUGGCACGUGGCCCCAUUCUGGGUGCACAUGCCAACACACUUCGAGGGGCUACGCCAGAGCGUGAAUUUGGAGCUGCGCUCAGGGUCCAUCGAAAAGCCCUGCAGCAGAUGGCAUUGCGUCCAGGCCAUUGACGCGGAGUGGAACGAACAUCUACAAAGUACAGACUUUCAUCGUGUGAUCUACAAUGCUGAGAAUCCCUUCGCCACGUUGCCCUUCGAAAAGCAAGUCUUCCAAGGUGCCAUUGCCCUCAUUCGCCAGGGCGGUGGUUGCGGCUUCGCCUACAAAGCCUGUGCUGCCCGGGCAGCGGGUGCAGUGGGCUGCAUCAUCUGGAGCUCCGAAUCGCUGGACCUCCUCCAAGGGCCGAUGGUUCGCACCUUCCAGGGCCGAACAAGUCCCGAUCCCGAAAUCCCAUGUGUUCUGGUCUCAGAAGAUGCUGGAAGGCGGAUCUUUGCAGCUCUUCAAGGAGGACCUUUGUACGUCAAGAUCCACAUCGAGCGCAAUGAGUCAUUCCAGGCCUUCCGGAGAAACGUCGCCCUUGGGCAUCGCGUCCGCAUGGCGCUCCUGGCGGAAAGCAUCAUCGCCAAGCCUGGGAUGGGAGUGGUCGACUUCCAGGAAUAUUUCUUCCGAAACAUGUGAGACAGGACGACGAUGUACGGGACGACGGCCUGUGAGUGCGACCAUUGACUAGAUCGACAUUCGCAAUGGUUGUUCGCAAGCCGGACAGCGGAUGGGCUGAAGAAACCAUAAGCCGUUCGCAGCUUUUUUGGACAAAGACCUUCCCAGAGAUGGGCCCAUCCUUGACCGCCCUAUGCUCAACCAAAGUGGCUGUGCUCCACCCAGGGUCAAAGAAACCCUGUGCUGGAUGUGAGCAAUCCCCCGUCUCGGGAGAUCUACAAUCGAAGCCAAGAUGGGCAUCGAAGCCUUCGCACCCAGAAGCCAAAAAGAGCUGAUGGGUAGAUUCCAACGGAGCUCUAGAAGAGAGAUGUGGCCAAUGCUUUGUAA